AUGGCCGCUGCAGCAGCUGAUCUAGCUGCGGACGCGGUGCAAGCCGGUGUCUCUCUUUUCGGCGCCAUCUUCAACUCAGGCGCGGAUAAGGACUAUCGAAGUGCCUGGACACAGGUUCAAAUUGGAGACAUGUCGUCGAAGAACCCGGGCAAGAAUGUCAUGUGUGUCUUCACAAAGCACGAUGCAUCCGGCCUCGUCAACAGCACAAUGACAAUUCGGGAAUGUACCUGCCCCAACAGCGGAUCAGUCUUGACAUAUUCUUGUUACGUCUUUGAUUCAGGGCCAUUUGUGUUGCAAGGAGACGGAGGAUACCUCAACUGGUGUUUUGCCGGCAAUUUUACAAGAAACGGUGGCAACGUGACUUUCAAUCCUUUGAGUUGA